GACACCUCCCUUCUUCGAAGAUCUGAGCAGGAUCAGGAUUCGACAAGUUUCAAGAGCGGACCGCGGCAAGGAACCCAGCGAUCGUCUUGCUCAGGCAGUCAGUGUGCAUCAAGGAGCACCUUAGCCCCCCCGACAAGCGAGACAAGUGCGUCUGCACGGGCGAACUUUUUUGUCCGUCGAGGCCAUGAUGCCUGGAGAGACCUGCGAUACCAGGACGCUUUGGCUGAUUUCAGCGAGGGAGCCAACGUGGAAGCGGAUGAAGGACCGUCAUCUCUGUCGCUGCUCUGCCUUCGGUUCUGCUUGGGAGUGGACUUAGGUGACCUUCGGGGGCACGAGGCUUGCAGAGCCAUGGCGGAAGGCCUCAGCCAGCUCUGGUGUCUAUGCAGAGAGAGGCAGGCACGUCAACUACGGAUUCUAAGACCUCGGAAGUCCAUGUGGGAGCCUGAUGAUCGUGUCCAGUGGGCAGCUGAAGACAUACAAAUCUUUGAUGGAAGCUGCAGUGUGGGGACAGGAGAGGAUGUUGCUGAAAUUGGUUACCGCCUGCUCGUGAACCGGAAGCCAAGAGCAAUUGAGAACACCCUUUUGAUCCUAUAUCACGGUAAUGGAGAAAUUUGCGAAGACUACACCGACUGGGCAGACAUCUAUCGAGUCUUUCCUUGUAGCAUGCUGAUUUUCGACUACCGCGGCUAUGGCUGGUCAUCGGGAAUGCCGACCAUGGCCAACUUGCUCAGCGACGCGGAGCAAUGCAUGCAGAAGCUGCCGGAGAUUCUCCAAGAGAAGGGCCUGGCCUGGCCCUGGCCAGCGCCGGUUUUGCUGCUCGGGCGCUCGCUGGGCAGCGCCGUGGCGACACAUCUUCUCGGAACGAUGGCAGACAAGUUCGAUGGGCUGAUUAUCGACUCUGGAUUCGCAACAAGUGGAGAUGAGCGCUAUGAUCAGCUGCUGACAUGGCUGGGUGACUCGCGCGAGCAAGCCGCCACCAUGUUCAAGGAGCUUUCGAAGGCGCUGCGAGCAUCGUUACCACCCGGAUGCAAGCCGGGGCAGGCAGAUCUGCGGAUCCUGGGAAGUGUGGACUUUCUUCGAGCAUUUCGGGGGCCUGUGUUGUUGCUGCACGGAGAGCACGACUUCAUAGUGCCUCUCGAACAUGCCCAGAGGCACUACGAUGCAGCUGUGCACUCUAGUCAACGAGAGCUCGUGGUGCUGGAUGCUGACCACAACACCCUUGCCGGAGUUCCUGAUUUCUGGAAGAAGCAAAUGGCUUUUGCAAAGUGCCUCGUACACAAGAAAGCCAAUGCGAACCAAAAGGUGUACUCGUAG